AUGAAGUCUACCAACAUACUCUUGGAUGCAAAAUACAGAGCAAAAGUUGCUGACUUCGGAACUUCAAGAUCAGUUGCCAUUGACCAAACUCACCUCACCACACUUGUACACGGCACAUUUGGUUACUUGGACCCCGAAUACUUUCAAUCAAGCCAAUUUACAGAGAAAAGUGAUGUGUAUAGCUUUGGAGUUGUCCUUGUUGAGCUCUUGACAGGACAAAAACCAAUUUCUUUUAGAAGGUCACAAGAAGAAGGCAAAAGUCUUGCCACAUACUUCAUCAUUUCGAUGCAGUUAGAUCGCCUGUUUGAAAUUCUUGAUGCUCAAGUUGUAAAAGGAGGGUCUAAAGCAGAUAUCAUCACAGUUGCUAACCUUGCAAGGAGGUGUUUGAAUUUGAGUGGAAGGAAGCGCCCUACAAUGAGAGAGGUCACGGCAGAACUUGAGGGGAUUCAAACGUCAGAAAAAACUUCAAAUGGUGAACAAAAUUAUGAAGAAGUUGAAUAUGUUCGAACUGAAUCAAUUGAGCCUUGGGAUGUCGUUUCAAGCUCAACAGGCACAAGGCCAGGUUUGGAUGGUGGUCCUGCUUCAUCAUUACAUGAAGUUCCACUAUUACCUUUCACGUCACGCUGAACAAUAAUUAAAUAUUUCUUAACUGUAAUAUUCUAAUGC